AAUUUACGUUACUUCACUUAAAAGUUACUUUAGUCUUGUGUUUGAAUGCAGUCAUGCAGGAUUAGAGGACUAAGAGACAGGACUUUACUGCACAGCUGAGCGGGCAUACCCAUUGCGACCAUGGGGGAGCUCUUCAGAAGUGAGGAGAUGACCCUGGCUCAGCUCUUCCUCCAGUCAGAGGCUGCGUACUGUUGUGUCAGCGAGCUGGGAGAGCUAGGAAUGGUCCAGUUUCGUGAUCUGAACCCAGACGUGAAUGUAUUCCAGCGAAAGUUUGUCAAUGAAGUGCGCCGUUGUGAGGAGAUGGACCGCAAGCUGAGGUUUGUGGAGAAGGAGAUCAAGAAAGCCAACAUUCCGAUCGUGGACACAGGAGAGAACCCUGAAGUCCCCUUUCCAAGGGACAUGAUUGAUCUGGAGGCUACCUUUGAGAAGCUGGAAAAUGAGCUGAAGGAGAUCAACACCAAUCAGGAGGCCCUGAAGAAGAACUUCCUGGAGCUGACCGAGCUCAAACACAUUCUGCGCCGCACCCAGCAGUUCUUUGACGAGGCUCAAUUCCAUCGUCAUCAGCAGAUGGAGGACCCACACCUGCUGGAGGAGUCGUCCACCCUGCUGGACCCCAGUGAAGUUGGACGGGCGGCACCGUUGAGACUGGGGUUCGUCGCUGGGGUGAUCGGCAGGGAGAGGAUACCCACGUUUGAGCGGAUGUUGUGGAGAGUGUGUCGCGGAAACGUCUUCCUGCGACAGGCUGACAUCGAGGACCCCCUGGAGGACCCCACCACAGGAGACCAUGUGUACAAGUCGGUGUUCAUCAUCUUCUUCCAAGGUGACCAGUUGAAAAACAGGGUCAAGAAGAUUUGUGAGGGGUUCCGGGCGUCGCUGUACCCCUGUCCAGAGACCCCCCAGGAGAGAAAGGAGAUGGCGGCGGGGGUCAACACCCGGAUUGACGAUCUUCAGAUGGUGCUGAACCAGACGGAGGACCACCGCCAGCGGGUCCUGCAGGCUGCCGCCAAGACCGUCAGGGUGUGGUUCAUCAAGGUGAGGAAGAUGAAGGCCAUCUACCACACGCUCAACUUCUGCAACAUCGACGUCACCCAGAAGUGUCUGAUUGCCGAGGUGUGGUGCCCCGUCUCGGACCUGGACUCCAUCCAGUUUGCCCUGCGCAGAGGCACGGAGCGAAGCGGCUCGACCGUGCCCUCCAUCCUCAACAGGAUGCAAACCAAGCAAACCCCGCCCACCUACAACAAGACCAACAAGUUCACCUCUGGCUUCCAGAACAUUGUCGAUGCAUACGGGAUCGGGACAUACCGGGAAAUCAAUCCAGCCCCUUACACCAUCAUCACUUUCCCUUUCCUGUUUGCGGUCAUGUUCGGCGACCUGGGUCACGGGGUACUGAUGACAUGCGCUGCCCUCUACUUGGUCCUGAGGGAAAGUCGGCUUCUCUCUCAGAAGAAUGACAACGAGAUGUUCAGCAUGGUCUUCGCUGGACGUUACAUCAUCCUACUGAUGGGGAUCUUCUCUGUCUACACUGGGAUCAUUUACAAUGACUGCUUCUCCAAGUCCCUCAACGCAUUUGGCUCUGGCUGGAGUGUGAGGCCCAUGUUUGGAACCAAAGGGGCAAACUGGUCGGAAGAACUGCUGCAGAAUGCCAAUGUGUUACAGUUGGAUCCAGCAAUAAAAGGAGUCUUCAACGGACCUUACCCUUUGGGUAUCGAUCCGAUCUGGAACAUUGCCACCAACAAGCUGACCUUCCUGAACUCCUUCAAGAUGAAGAUGUCUGUCAUCCUGGGGGUCAUCCACAUGCUGUUUGGUGUCACCCUCAGCUUGUUCAACCACAUGUACUUCAAGAAGCCUCUCAACAUCUUCCUGGGCUUUAUCCCAGAGAUUGUCUUCAUGUCUAGUCUCUUUGGGUAUCUGGUCCUCCUCAUCUUCUACAAGUGGGGCGCUUACGAUGCUGCCACUUCCAAGGAUGCCCCCAGCCUUCUCAUCGCCUUCAUCAACAUGUUUCUCUUCAACUACAGUGAUCCUACAAAUAAGCCUCUCUAUAGAGGACAGAUGGUGAUCCAGUCUUUUUUGGUGGUGAUAGCCUUAGCAUGCGUUCCCUGUAUGCUGGUAGUGAAAACGCUGGUUCUUCGGCGGCAGUACUUAUGGAAGAAGCAUCUGGGCACUCAGAACUUUGGUGGGAUUCGGGUCGGUAAUGGGCCCACGGAGGAUGAAGCCGAGAUCAUCCAGCACGAUCAGCUCUCUCAGCACUCUGAAGAUGAGAACGAGCCCGCUGAGGAGGAAGUGUUCAACUUUGGAGACGUGGCGGUGCACCAGGCCAUCCACACAAUUGAGUACUGCUUGGGCUGCAUCUCCAACACCGCCUCAUACCUGCGGCUCUGGGCGCUAAGUCUGGCCCACGCCCAGCUGUCGGAGGUGCUGUGGACUAUGGUGAUGCACCUUGGCCUGUCGUCCCGGAGCUACGUGGGCUUCUUCGGCUUGUCCAUCAUCUUCUCGGUCUUUGCCACGCUUACCGUCUGCAUCCUGCUGAUCAUGGAGGGCCUCUCGGCCUUUCUGCACGCACUCCGUUUGCACUGGGUGGAGUUUCAGAACAAAUUCUACACAGGCCAAGGAUUCAAAUUUGUCCCGUUCUCCUUCGACAGCAUCCUGGAGGGGAAAUUUGAAGACUGAAAAGUUUGUCUCCGCGUCUCCACCCACAUGUUUGUUUGGCGGUGCCACAGGAACCGUGUGUCUGCCACCGUUUUUUUUUUUUUUCCUUUAUUCAUUUUGAGAGGGUCUUUCCCUCAUUCAGCUGAGUUUCUUCUUUUUUAAAGCGUUUUAGUUUUUAGAAAUUAGUGGUUCACAGAGAUGCCAUGAGGUGAUCUGAAUUAACUGUUAACGCUAAUUUAAAAAAACCCACAGCUAAACAGAGAAGACAAAUAUGUGAUAUCUUCAUUUCCUGAAACACUGAGCAUUUUAAUUGUAGGGAAAGUGGUACAAGUUGAAACUCGGGGGUUGAAAAGCAAGAAAAACUGUCAUAGGUCCUCAUGAAGCCAGUCUGUCACUUUCUGUUGCCACUUGAAUAUUUUCAGAACUUGUUUUUCUCAUUUGAGCUGUCCUGCUAUAUAGUGGAAGAAAAGGGUAUGCAGUAACCGGGGGAAACCUGCUCCUCCACAUUUAAUCUGAUUUGCACUAAUGAACAUGUCAGUGAAAACCAGCUAGCCAGCUUUUAAGCUUGAUCAGAUGGCCAGCAAGCAUCCGCCAGUGAGAAGGGAUACAGGUUCAUCAUGGAUCUCUGCAAGCAC